AAUCGAUUCGAACCCCAACCGUCAAAUGGCCAAGGCAGAGAACCGUCGCCUGAUAGAAGCCUUAUGGGAGUUGGACAAUAUCCUCGCCGCGAACAUCUGGCGCGAGGCUACUUCCAAAAACUUCGCCGAAUCGUCCAAAGCUCGACAAGAAGGUAACGAACUCUUCACCGACCGGAGCAGUCACGACGCCGCGAAACACGUAGAAAUCCUCCGGCUGUACUCUCGUAGUGUCGCGUAUGCUCCCACCGGUUCGGAAGAACUCGGUUUGGCAUAUGGCAACAGGUCGGCGGCGUUGAUGCACCUCGGAAAGUAUCAGGCGGCUUUGGAGGAUAUAGACAGGGCUAUCCAGUUGCCGGUUAGCGAAUUGCACGUCGUCAAGUAUGUUGUUCGAAAGGUCGAGUGCGAGGCGGAACUGGGCCUCGAAGACGCCAGAGGCACCUGCGAGGAGGCAAAGGUGUUGCUAGAGGAGAUCGAGGUCAGCGACAAGCUCAAGAAGGAUAUGGUGGUCAAACUGGUCAGCUCCAUCGUGAAGCUGGAAAAAAAGCUAUUCAGUCCUCCCGAGCCGUCGAAAAAGCUCCAAUUCUUAGAAAACACCUCUGAGCCAUCCGACUCUCCGGGAAUAAUCUCAAAUCUCCUCAGCAUAAGCUACAAUCCAAGCCGCAUAAAACAAGGUCGCCACCUGACAGUCACUCGCGACGUGGGUCCGGGCGAGGCUCUCUACGCGUCCAGCCCUUACGUCGUCUGCCCAAUCGAGACGCGUAUCUACAACAACUGCUCGCACUGCUUGAGUUUCGCCUGGGCGUGUAUUCCCUGCGACAGUUGUGUUUACGCGAUGUACUGCUCGGAACGCUGCAAAAACGAAGCGAAGGAUCUGUAUCACGAUAUCGAAUGUAAGGUCAUCGGAAGGUCGUGGAAAGUUUACGAGACUAUGAACGCCGGGAGACUGAUGAGCAUGAAGAUGCUCGUUAUGGCGAUCAGAGAAGCCGGGGGGCUCGAGGAGCUGAAGAAACAUGUUGAGGAGAUCGACGCGUGCAGAGAUACUCGAAGGCGUGGGUUUUCCAACGAUCAGACUGUCUUCCUCAAAAACUUCAAAGCCGCUUACAGUUUGCUAAGCAACGCUAGAAAAAGAUCCGACAAGGAACAGAACGCUAUAUCGAGAGAUUCGGCUGUGCUGCUGCAUUUUCUGGCCAGAUACACGCCGAUAUUUAAGAGUUAUUUCGAUCACGACAAGAAGGCAUUGGCCAGAAACGACGACGCGCUCUUCGUCGGUAGACUUCUGUCGCACUAUCAACACGUUGUAAUCACCAAUGCAGUGAUGGUGAGAGACCUGUAUACGGAAUCGACGACUGACUGGUCCUGGAAGCCUCCGAAAGAGGAAAACGGCACAGGUCUGUAUCUCACGCCGUUUCUGAGUCUCAUAAACCACAGUUGUUAUCCGAACGUCGCCAGAUGCGAGAUGGAAGAUCGUAGGACUGUUUUGUUCUCGACUCGUCCCAUCGCCAAAGGCGAACAGAUAUACCUCUGCUAUGGACCUCAUUACUACGACAUGAUAAAGAGCUUGAGGCAUGAACUGCUGGAGCGUUUUCACUUCACCUGCGAUUGCAUAGCGUGCGAGAACGAGUGGCCGCUUUUCUUGAUUAUGAUAAGCAGUGGACUUACGUAUAAACCCGUGACGGAGACCGAAUUCAAAGCUACAUCUCGAGCUCUAGAAAACUGUGACGUUAUAGUUAAAGCAUUGGAAGAAGGAAACUGCACGUGCGAUUUGGAUGCUCUAAGAGACUUAGCUUAUGCCAUCGUGUUGGUAUUGAAGCAUUGCAAACUGCCCAACUGGAGAAUAGCCAGUCUCUCAGCAUUGAUGAUUACACUUUUUAACAAUUUGUACGGCUACGUAAUCGGCGUCCCCGCCAAGUGCUAAGCGUUCAAACUAGAGCUUCGCAUUUCCCGAUUCUUCCUCGAAAUAAUUCACAAGCCUACAUUUAGCGCAGCUAACAAGAGGAAAAAAAGAGGCAAACAAGUAUGCGGCGCGCAUGGACAAGAAUCAAGAGCACCAUCAGCGAUCAAUUCUCGGUCGGAUUUCCUCAACUUAUAUAUAGCAGGCCAGUAGUGCAGGUUUGUCUUUAGACUACUGGCGACGCGCUGCUUUGAUGAAUAAUAUAAUAGCUCGAUCGCGAUUCCCAGACUCGCACGUGCAUAUAAGCCACCA